GCAAACUUUCAGAAUCUCAAGGUCACCACGAGACCAAUAACACUUUCUGUAUAAAUUUAGUCUCUGAUAGCUGCAUAGAACUUGUUGUUAUGAUUAGAAAUUUGUGUGUGUAUACAGUACAAUACGUCUCCAAAUGACUACGGAAGUGUUUGUGGAAUCAUACGGGGAUGAAGUUUCUCGUGUCUUUAUACCGAAGAAAAGUCAAAGUUGUGCUUUGCGUAGUUGGAUGCCAGAUUUCGAUUUAUCAUGGGCAACUUUAAAGAAGUUUUUCCUUCCUGUCGGAUAUCCAUCCAGUGUUAGUGAAGACUAUCUAGAAUACCAAAUCUGGGACACUAUACAGGCUUUCGCUAGCAGUAUUACUGGUGCACUGGCUUCACAAGCAGUUUUGGUCGGUGUAGGCGUUGGCAAUUCAUCAGCUACUAUAUUAGGAGCUACAUUCACUUGGAUGUUUAAAGAUGGUGCAGGAAUGAUUGGUCGAAUUGUCUUUGCUGGUUAUCAAGGAAGUAACCUAGACUGUGAUUGUAAAUUUUGGCGAUUUAUUGCUGAUAUCUUAAACGACUGUGCUCUAUUCCUUGAAUUAAUCUCACCGUUGUCGGAUUAUAUGUUUACACCGAUACUUUGUCUGGCGAAUAUACUUAAGUCAUUGGUUGGAGUUGCUGGUAGUGCAACACGUGCUGCUAUUGUACAACAUCAAGCUAUUGAUAAUAAUCUAGCGGAUGUAUCAGCUAAAGAUGGAAGUCAAGAAACUUUGUCUAAUUUAAUGGCAUGGUUCCUGAAUUUCAUCCUUCUAUACUUAGUGACGGGUAAUCAAUUUCUCAUAUGGUUAAGCUUCUUCAUUUGCACUAGUCUACAUUUAUAUUCUAAUUAUCGGGCUGUCAAAUGUCUUAAAAUGAAAACAUUCAAUCGUACACGUUUUCAUAUAGCUGUACAACCUUGGCUUGAACAACAGUUUCUUGUGAAAUCGUCCACUUUGCUGUCUUCAAUGGAUCAAUCGUCGGAUGAUUAUAUAUUGAUUAGUAAAUCAUUUCCACAAGUUGUUUGGGUUAAUCACCAUGAACCGAUUAUUCAAAGGAUUGAUCAGCCUAAAAUUCUACUCGGUUGUUCAUUGUACAGUUUACCGAUUGAAGGACAAAAUCUUUUGCCUAAUUUGGUUCAACUGUUUGAGGAGAAGAAGAAUAAUUACAUUCUAUACUGUUCAAAUUGGAGAGCUAUUCAACAAGGUUAUUCACCACAUGACCCACUCACAAUGUACAUUAUCCUCUUCUCUGGUUCGGGAUCACUGGAUCAAUUGAAAGCAAUGCUACAUGUAGAAUUGUUAACAUUCAUAGGAAAACGAAAUUCCAAUGUGAUAUCGUCUUACAAAACAAUCGAAAGUAUUAUCAAUGCAGAAAAUCACGAUGAAUUUGUUCAGCAUACACUUGACUUGGUUGAUGAAUUAUGGCAACGCUUAGUGAAUUCACUUCAAUCCAGCCGACAAUGGAAUAUGACAUCAUUCCAUUUUGCAGCAGAUAUAUGGCGAUUAAAAGUCAAUACCAAUGAAGGAAAAUGUAAAGAACAGUAAUAAUAAUGAUGACAAUAAUAAUAAUAGUAGUAUAAUUACUGUUAUCUGUGAUAUUGGUUUAUUUGAACUAAUUCAUGUGAAAUAUAACAGGCGCCUUUUUUUUCAAAUACAAUUUUGACAAUAAC